AUGGCUCACCGGUUCAAGAUAUUCGAAUAUUAUGCACAGUAUGUGCACGACUGGAACACUUAUGUUCCUGAAGAUCCAGAGGAAGCAGCCAUUCACCUUGAGAAAAGAAGAGAGGCCACGUUACUUCUUUCAAAAGGCGAAGACCUCUCACACCUUGAUGAGUGGCAUGUGCCAUAUGCAUUGGGUCGACUCUCCGACGGGGGAAAUCCAGUUCUUCGUGAAUGCGAUUAUGACUUGUUGAAGCUAAUCGAAGAGAGGGAAUCGAAGCAUGCAGUGCUGUCAAAGAUGUUAUAG